GCAGCACUUCCUGUUGAGUGUGUGUGUUUGUACAGACACAGAAAGACACACACACACACACACACACAGAGACAGCAGCAGAAUCAUGGAGCCACAAGAGAUCAGAGAGGGAUACUUGGUGAAAAAGGGGACGCUGCUGAACACGUGGAAGGCCGUGUGGGCGGUGCUGUCCGAGGACGGCGUCGAGUUCUUCAAAAAGAAAACCGACCGCUCUCCGAAAGGCAUGAUCCCACUGAAGGGAGCGACACUCGUCAGUCCCUGUCAGGACUUUGGCAAAAGAACGUUGGUUUUCAAGCUCACCACCGACAAGAAGCAGGAUCACUUCUUCCAAGCGUCCCACGUGGAGGAGAGAGAGAGUUGGGUCAAGGACAUCAAGAGAGUCCUUACCUGUCUGCAGGGUGGGAAACGCUUCGCCAGGAAGUCCACGAGGCGCUCCAUUCGCCUCGCCCCUACAAUCAACUUGAGUGAACUGUACGCUCUGAUGAAAGACCAGGACGAUGGAGUGAAGGAGUUGAAACUGGAGCAGGACAAUCGAAUCUUCAACCACUGCUUCACUGGUGCUACAGUGGUCGAAUGGCUGAUUUCAAAGGAGAAGGCGAGGAACAGGCCCGAGGCCCUGAUGUUAGCCACGGGGCUCCUGAACGAGGGUUUCCUUCAGCCCGCAGGUGACCUGGCCAAAGACGGAGCAGAGAGCGGAGACCAGACAAACUUCUUAGAUCAGACCAACGGCCUUUACUACUUUGCAGACAGUGGGUUCUUCUGUGAAGGCAACUCCAGUGAUGAGGACGUGCUACUGAAGGAGGAAUUCAGAGGAAACAUCGUAAAACAAGGCUGCUUACUCAAACAGGGGCACAGGAGAAAGAACUGGAAGGUGCGGAAGUUCAUACUGAGAGACGACCCGGCUUAUAUACAUUAUUACGAUCCGACAAAGGGGGACGACCCUCUGGGCUCCAUCCACCUCCGUGGAUCUGUGGUCACGGCCGUGGAGUACGUGCCUGACGCCAAAAAAUACGACAUCGACGGCAACCUCUUUGAGAUCAUCACGUCAGACGAGGUUCACUACUUCUUCCAAGCGGCGACAGCCGAGGAGAGAAGGGAGUGGAUCAAAGCGAUACAGACGGUGUCGAAAAGCGGCAAAUAACUGAUAAUAACUAACACACAGCAGCAGCAGCAGCAGCAGGUGUCUGAUGUCUGCUGUAAACAUUGAAUAGAUCUGUCUUUAUAUUUAACUAACACGUUAUAUUCCAGUAACAGUGUACUGUUUUGACAGUGUAUGUUUUUAACGCUGUAACAAAGGAGAAAUAAAAGGUUCUUUUAACGCAGUAAUAGCAACAACAGGCUAAUACUACAUUA